AUGUCCACUUAUGGGGCCGAAGCUUUCGUCUUUUGCAUGGUGAUGUCUGUAUGGGGUGUGAUAUUCCUAGGUCUCUUGGGAGUAUUCUUCUACGUCCAAGCCGUAACACUUUUCCCCGAUCUUCAUUUCGCUGAGGAAUCAAAAGAAGGCGGGCAUGCAGUACUGUGA